UAAGAUUUAAUGACGGCUGGCAUUUAAAAAUCAUGCUAGUCAUGCAUAUAAAUUGUUUCGACGGCAAAUGAUGGAGUUUAAUUUAUUCAAAAAAUUUUGGUACGUUCCCAUUCAUUGUUAUUCAAGUUAGAUUCUGUUAUUAAUGAAUGGGUAAUAUAGAGAGAAAGAGUUAUUUGAAUAUUUAUACCAUCUGUAAUGCAGAUGAAUUUGAGCAUUGACGUAUAUACAAUAGUACGUAACAUUAGUUUGUGGAUUCAAGCUGGGAAUUAAUCUAAAACAAUGUAUUCUCUGUAUGUCACACAUAGUCAUUUAAUUCUAACCUGUAAACAUUUCCAUUACUUAGGGUAAAUAAUGCAUAAUACAUAGCGCAGUGAAAUUCCUAAGGAAUGAUUCUCAAAGACGACAAGAAAGGUCUAAAUAAGCCAUCGGCUUUCGAUCCUAUCCUAAACUUAUUUCGGUAUUUGUUAGAUUGUAUACAAUUUAUAAACUAUGUAUUUCGCUAAUAAAACAUGUUUAAACCAAAGACGACAAUUAUUUUAGUCGUACCAAGUUAAUGAAAACAUUACAUUUAUGCAAAAUGGUUUAUUUUCAAGCCAAAGAUACUUGUUGUUCUAGUAAGAAAUAUAUACAUGGUGGCUGUGGAACGGGCGACAACAAAUAUGUUUCCGUUAAAAUGCUGUGGAGUAUCUGGUUGCAACUGUAAUGGAAGAAAAAUAUUGCCGACAGCGCCACACAACUAAACUUCCAUGUAUCGCUUGUCAGCUUGUCUCAACAUUCCAUUGUAUCAAAUCAAAAGACAAUAUGGAUUUCAAUAUAUACAUAUAAAAGAUGAGUACUGGAGAAGAGAGGUUCCAGUGUAAAAACUUUAUCAUUUCUUUCGAGAGGUAUCCAAGAGUACAUUAUUUUAAAGCCAGGAUAAAAGACUUUUCGAAAAGAUUGAUAACAGUUAUAGGAAGACUCCCUAGAAAUGUACGUGACGAAAGUGUGUUGCAGCUUGCUGAAGAUCUGAACAAAACCCUUGACAAGAAGUUGAAUGUAAUUCUUAUUGGAGAAGAAGAUGUUACCCUCGAAGAUCUUUGCAUAUCAACGCAAUGCAUAGAUGAUAUGGAAACAGGGUCUACUUCGUCCUGUGUGACUGUUAUCAUCUGCCAAGCAGUUAUUGAAGCGCUAGACGAGAAAAGUGUAAAGAUAAUGGUGUUGGUCGCUCAACAGAUAUCAAAAACCGUAAGAAGCAUCGAUAUGAUAGAUUCAGUCCUCAUUUUCUGCAAAGCCAAGAGAACGUUCACAGACGAAGAAAGAACAACAUUUCGAGAUGACGUAAAUCGGGAAAUUGAAUCAUCUACCGGUCUUUUCGUGGACGCAUCAAAUAUAAUUAUUUCGACCGAGAUUGGCGAUCUCAAAAGUAAAAUAUCAUUCAUAUACGAAACACGCAUUAUCGAAGUGUUCGUAAAAAUACGUUUAUUUCUAAGUCUAUUUGUCAUGAAAAAUCGUCGAGGAGCUCAAAAGCAACAUGACGCACUAGAGUAUAAACCAAUGUUAAAAGCCAUUUUAAACUUUCUUCGAAAUGGGUUUAGCAUAUGUGAUAUCAUGUACAUGCAAAAUACUAGCAGUAAAAAAUCUUUUCUCAGUCAAAUAGUUGGACGUUUGGCUAGACAUGUUAGAUGCACAAUAAUAGCUCCCGUAGCUUCAAAACAUAUGCUGCCAAACUGGUUAUGUGCUGAACUUCUUAAUGAAAUAGCAUUAGAAGAUGUUCUUAUAAAAUCAAUUUCGAACAAAUCACGAUACUUUUUGCGUAAACUGGAACGUAUUUAUAUAUCGGCUAAAACGAUUACAAGAAAUAUCACGAAUGGCGAACAUGUAUCUGAUUCAGCUAUAUGGAAUGUUUCUCACUGUUUCUCAUUUGAUUUUAUUCAAUAUCCUCUUCAAAGAGAUUUCGAGGAAGCAGCGUCGAAAACUGAAAGUACAAUGUCUUCUGUGAGACGUUUGUUGAACAUUAUGGGUAAAAUGAUUUACGAAAUAGAUGGGUACUUGAAGCAAUCCAUUGUACAGUAUGUUCCAAUUCCUAAUAAAGAGCUUACCAUAAAUAUACCGGACAGACUGCGACGUGAUAUACUGGCCAUGGAUGGUGUCUAUGGUAUUGGAACAAUUUAUGGAGAAAUAGAGAUCCACUUACUGAAAGAUACAGAAAAUAAGGAUGCAAUUCCAAACUUAGCAGCUCGUCUCAAGUCACUGAUGCUAGAAUAUCACUUACAAAAUGCGUACAAGAUUAAACAAAUAAAACAGUAGAUGAUAUUUAUUAAAAAUAUCUGUAAUGUUGUCAAUCAAUAUCAUAUGAUUGUAUUUUUCCAACUUGCCAACUUCAAUGGAAAAAAAAACAUUUCACCAAUGCUAAAGAUAUCGAAGAACCUACAUUCAUCAUUGUACUUACAUAUGUAAUACAAAUGUAUUUGGUUGUUUUCUUACCGCAUAUUAAUUUGUACAUGUAUAUAAAAAUGCAUUGACUUGCUGUGGCAAACGUCUCAAAAUAAUCAGAAAGUCAUAUGCAGGAUACUGUGCGACGGGUGAAUGAAAUUGCUCAUAUUUGCAGCACGCAAGGAUACAUGGAAACCAUGUGGUCUCCCAUAUGAAACCUACAUGGUCUACAUGGUCCACCUACACGGGACUCAGUUUUGCAAAAAAAGGUUGGCAUGGAUCCCAUAUGGUAUGUACAAUAUGGAACCAAUGUGUGUUCUUUAUGGGUCCAAGAUAUUAUCGCUCAAAGCAAAAAUGUAUUUAACAGAAUUGCUUUCAUAGUAUACUCCUAGUAGACAAGGUUGAGUCGAACUGCUAUAAUUGCUGGUACAUGCCCUAUGGGUAGGGUAGUGUGUAGUAUUUCUUUUUAACUAGUGGGUUCGAACUUCUAUAUGCAGCUCUUCUGGGCGUACCAUUUAAGGCUUUAUUUAAAGCACUGGUAUUUGCAAAAGAGAUAAAAUAACCUUAGGGGAAAGGGUGCGGCCAUGGCAUUUUGUUCAAAUAAGGCUGUUUUGAUUGUUAUUAUCAUUAUUGUCGUUAUAAUUACUGAUAUUAUUCUUAUUGUGUACAACGCCAUUGAAUAGGUCAUUGUAUAAAAAUAGGGGUUUAAUCAAAUUAUUCAGUUUUAGUUUCAGUUCAGCUCAUGUGAGACCUUUCUGGGUCCCAAAUCCUAUACAGUAUGAACCGUUUAGGGGCGUUCUGGGAUUGUGUGAGUCCUAUUUUUUAUUGAAAUUGUCUACAGGUUCCGUAGCUGCCCAUGAAAUUGUUUCCGUAUCACUACGGACUGUUUUAUUCUCCUGAUCUAUUGCACCUACAAGUCACUUCUUCACAGAUUCUUUUGUAAAGGCAAUCUGUAAAGUGGAAAUGUUAUAUCAGUCUCAGCACAUGUCUAUAACAAUUAUAACUAUUUGCCAAAUAUCAUGAUAUAUUUGCAAGCAUUUUAAUGUUUCUAAGACAAUAAAUGACAAAUCUACAAGAUUAGAAAGAUAACCAAGUACGCAUCCGAGAGAACGAUUUGUACAGAAUAAGACAAAGAGUACAUUUGUGUUAACAUGCGACGAUGCUUUUUCGACUUUGGACAUACAUAGUACAUUUGUCCAGGACAAGCCCAGCUAUAUCCCAUUAGGAUUCUGUAUAGGCUUGCCCGCAAGGGUUGUGAAAAAAAUGCAUGAGAAACAUUUUUCAGAGUAUUUAUCAAAGUUGAAUCUUACAUUUUAAACAAAAACACUUCUUUCGGCUAUUUGUAAUUAAAACUCUCACCUGUUUAAGAAUUGCGAGGGGUUCUUGCUGAAAUGAUAAAUUUAUCUACAACAUAACUAUCAACAGCUUUGCUGCCAUUAUGGACGCAACCCUAUUUAAAAUUGCUCACGAUUCAAAUAAUCUCGCGACAUUUAUUUUUUAAAGUUUUUUUUUUUUCGUUGAAUUCUGUGUACGCAAUAACAAGUUAAAAUAUGAUUGUCAAAUCGUUACAAUAUUUGCACUUAUAUAAAAAAGUAAAUAAAUAAAAACAAAAAAAAUAGAGAUAUAUACUACCAGAACAGUUACGAUAGGAAAUAUGGAACCCAUAUUGGACCCUUCUUGGGAAACUUACAUAUAUUUGAAUAAAUCGUUAUAUCAAAUCGCUGAGACAUUGUCUAUGGGACCCACAUGGGUCCGAUGUGGGCAAAUAAUUACAAUAUAUGUCCCAUAUGGGACCCGUGUGGUACAUUUGCCCAGAUAUAGCCCAUAUAGGCUUGCGUGCUUGGAAAAUAGCAGUCGUACGAACAUUGUACUUGUAAUAAAACUUCAGUAAAAUGG